UGCCGCAGCCCAGCAGCAGCUCGGCCGUGGCGGUGGAAGUGUUCCGCUUCAAGGAUUCCCUGGCUGAGGAGCUGCAGAGCGCAGACCUGGUCAUCAGCCACGCAGGUGCUGGUAGCUGCCUGGAGACUCUAGAAAAAGGAAAACCACUAAUAGUAGUAAUAAAUGACAAGCUGAUGAACAACCAUCAGCUGGAGCUGGCCAAACAGCUCCACAGAGAUGGUUAUGUCCUCUACUGUAACUGCAGCACUCUUGUAGAGACACUGCAGUCAAUGGACUUGUCAGCUUUGAAACCUUUUCCUCCUGGACAGCCAGAAAAGUUUGCGUCGUUCUUGGAUGAAGUUCUUGGGUUACAAUACGGCGCCUCAUUAGCGGCGGCCGCGCGCGCAGCGCCUCGCGCCUCGCCCGCGUCUCCGCGCCCGCCUCAGCCGCCCUCGGCCGGGAAGAUGCACAAAGGCUCCAAGAAGUACUUCGGGCAGAAGUCCUUCAGCGAGGUGGCCAUGGACGAUUACCUGGGCAGCCUGGGGCUGUACCGUAAGAUGACGGCUAAGGACGCCUCCUGCCUCUUCUUACCGUUAUUUUCCCAGCUGUUCUCAUCUCAAAUUCAUCACGCAGAAGUUAGGAAGGCUUGCGUCUCGUUCAUGAGGCAGCACCAGUCUAGGUUUGAAUCCUAUGUGGAAGGCUCGUUUGAGAAAUACCUAGAACGACUAGGAGAUCCAAAGGAAAGUGCUGGCCAGCUGGAAAUAAGUGCUUUAUCAAUGAUGUACAAGCGAGACUUCAUCGUGUACCGGUAUCCUGGGAAGCCACCCACACGUGCUACAGACAAUGGCUUUGAUGACAAGAUUUUACUCUGUUGUUCCGGUAACGGCCAUUAUGACUCUGUGUACACAAAACAAUUUCAGGAAAAUGCUGCCAUUUGCCAGGCUGUAUUAUAUGAGAUCCUCUACAAAGAUGUGUUUGGCAUGGAUGAGGAAGAAUUAAGGUCUGCAGUUGAGGUGUUUCGAAGUGGAUCCAAGAAGAACAGAAACAGUGCUCCUGUAGGAAGUGAGGAUGCAAACUUUGGUUGUCUCCAUGAAAAAGUGCCCAGAAAUCCAUCAGAAAAGAGGCUCGAUGAGUGGGAAGGCAACGAUACUGACAAUCCACAGGAAACCAAGUUCAAACAAGGCAUUGAAGAGCAAAAGCCUCCAGAAAAUCCUCCAAAGAUGCCUGUUCCUUAUAAAGUGCUGAAGGCACUGGACUCUACUAUCUAUCGAAAUGUGGAGUUUGAUGUUUGGCUGGACAGCAGAAAAGAGCUUCAAAAAACUGACUACAUGGUGUUUGCUGGGAGACAGUACUAUUUAGGAGACAAGUGUCAGGUGUGUCUGGAGCCAGGAGAGAAGUAUUACAAUGCUCAUAUCCAGGAAGUUGGACAGGACAGCAACACACUGACUGUGUUUGUUGAGGAGCUGGCAGAAAAGCACACGGUUCCUUUGGCAAACUUAAAGCCAGUGACUCAAGUGGCUCCUGUCCUUGCUUGGAAUAUGUCUCACAACAGAAGAGGAGGAACUUACCAGAAAGUAACAGGUGGACACUUCUCAGGAAUAGAAAUGGACAUGAAAACACGGAAGAGGAUGCUCAAGAAGGUCCGUGGGAAGGAGGUGUUCAUGGCUGUGGCUUACAGCAGGGGCCAGCCGAUGCUGCCACCCCGGCUGCAGCACAGUGCUCCCUCAGGGCGCUUCCCUCCCCUCCACUGCUCCCAGGGAGGGGCAGCCAUGGCACCCUACAAACCCUACCACCAGCAGAACCCUCCCCGACACCACCGGGACUCCGGCGUGCCGAGCUCCUACAGCCGCAGCCGCCGCCCGCUGCCCUGCGGGAGCAAGGAGUGCCACUACAGCUUCGUGCCAGGGGCUGCAGAGGAGCCCCAGGGGCCAGAGGGAACUGUAACUUUCUGUGAGAUUGAAGGAGAUGAUGACACUGCUUUCCCUGCUCUGCCUGUGAGUUACGAACAAAGGACCCACAGUAGCCCUGCUCCCAUUGUCCAUGGUCCAGGGGCAUUUUGGGUAGCAAGGAGAGGUCCAAAUUCUGUUCCAUCUAACAAGCAGACCCUGAGUGCCCUAGAGGAGGAGGAAGAUGCAAGUGAAAAUGGAAAAUUUCAUGAGGAAUAUAUCUAUGCAUCUCCAGAUCCCAGCUGUGAAACUGCAACAGUGUUUAGUUCAGCAGAACCUGCAGCAAACUUGGAAGAAGGGCCAGUCUCGAUGUCACCUCAAGAUGAAGUGGCUUCCUACAGCUAUCCCCAGAAGGUGUUGGUGAACUCUGCAACAGUUUCCACCUCCACAGAUGUUUAUACUGCUCCAGCUACAGGUCUCUCUUCAAAUUCUGCUGCCUCCACUCCAGAAGAAGGGCCAGUCUCGAUGUCACCUCAAGAUGAAGUGGCUUCCUACAGCUAUCCCCAGAAGGUGUUGGUGAACUCUGCAACAGUUUCCACCUCCACAGAUGUUUAUACUGCUCCAGCUACAGGUCUCUCUUCAAAUUCUGCUGCCUCCACUCCAGCCAGUGUCAUAACAGCAGCUCCCCCACAAACAGCAGUUCAGCCUGUCAUAGUAUCUCCCUUUUCUGUGGGGAGGCCAGCAGUUUCUUCGGUGCCAUUCCCGAUUUAUUCAGCUCCUCUUCCCCCAGUGAGUGAGGUGGGAGAAGCCAGUGCUGUUCUUCCAGCUUACUCUUGUGAUCCCAGUGGCAGUGAUUUGCCUCGAGAUACAAAGGUCUUGCGGUAUUAUUUUAAUAUGGGAUUGCAAUAUUGCCAUCAGAGCUGUUGGCCUUCCCUGAUGUACAUGCAGCCAGUGCUGCCUCCAUCUCCAGUGGAAGUUUACCCAGCCUAUGCUGAGCCAGCCCCUGUCCUGGAUCAGUCAGUGCCUCAGCUCUUCCCUGAUGCUGGGCAAGCUGAAGUCCACCAGGUUCCCUUGGAGGCAUCAAAUGGUAACUUCCAAAACACAGAGCCUCCACCCCUGUCCUAUGGGCCAGUGUAUUACCCAGUGGUGUCAGACCCCUUCAGCCAGCAGCCUCUGCCUGGCUUUGACUCUGUGGUUCCUGCCUACCACUACAUUGGGACCUGGCAUCCAGUAAAUCCUCCCCAUGGAAAUUCCCCACCAGUGGCCAAGGCUGGCAGCUCAGGAGCACCACCCCAGGUUGGCUACAUGGCCUCACCCAACCCUGCACCUCCUGAUGCACCUCAGGGAAUGUAAAUCUGGGAGCUGGAGGCUCCUGCUUGGCCUCUUGUUUCUUGUUUGCCAGCUCUUGUUAAUAUUGUUUUGUAAAUGUCACCCUCUUGGAGAGUUAAGUCAGUUGGUCGAACUGUGUUCAAAUGUCAUGUUUCUCUUUAGGUUUGUGCUGCUGAUAACAAGGUGUUGCUUUAGUUGGUUAGGAAAGCAUAGGAGAAAUGAAGUGCAGAGAACAGCUUGGAUGUGAGUAGAGGAAAUAUGUGAGAAAACAUGCUGUGAGUAAAGGCAUGUUGUGUGUGUCUGAGGGCUUGCACUGAACACUUGAACACCUGGUUCUUGCUGGGGCUCUGAAUCAGGCUGCCAUCACAACUCUGGUAAACGCUGGGCACUGGGUCAUUAGAGGGGAUAAUAAUGUUUAAGUUGACUUUCUCAUUUUGCAAAAUAAAGCUGCUUUGCUUCUAGUGGUUACAUAUUUGUCAUAGCUGUAUUUCUUCUGUCUGACUUCAUAGUGCAUAGGUUUCAUGGCUGUGAAAAGUGUAAGAAUAAUGUUUUGAUCUGUUGUACAUUGUUGUAUAUUUGUAAGAUUUGUUUUGUGAAAGUUGUUGCACAUACGGUGGUGGCCGUGGUGGUUAAUUUGCACUGACAGCACAAAAUAAAAGCA